AUGGCGUCGUCUGGAGGAAAUUUGAGCAAUGCCGACUUUGCACGAAUGUUCUGGAAGGAGACACAUGAAGAUGAUCAUAGCAGCGCAUACACAAGACAGGAUGAGACCUCUGUCAAUGACAAUGAUAACGAGUUGAAUUCAAUCCAAGACGCUACUAUGCGACGUCGUCAAGAAGAAAUGAACGUUUUAGGCUCGGAGCAGGACGUAAAUAAAGCUUCACGAGGCUCUGGCUUGGAAUUUCAUGACGAUAUAAAGCCAAAUUAUGAAAUACGUACAGGUUCAGACUCUAGUCUGGAUUCUAGACCGAGUACAGGGUCUGGAAUUGGUCUCGAAGCUGUCGAGACGACGGAUGGAGGCAUUUCAGCAACUAAAACGAUCACGACCAAGACUUUUUCAUGGGAAAAGCACACGAAAGGUUUUGGUGCUAAGAUGCUGGCAAAAAUGGGUUUUAAGGGCCGUUUGGGCAAGAAAGAGGACGGUGUGUCGGCCACUAUUGAAGUCAAGAAACGUCCUGCACAGAUGGGCAUGGGCUACGGAGACUUUGUGGAAGCCAGCAAUCUCCAACAGAAUCGUAAGCUACAAAAGGAGCUAAAAGGAGAAAUUGUAGAAAAAGAGACGAAUGGAAAUGCUCAAGGUGUUGUGGAAGAUGACACUUUGUGGAGAAAGAGGAAGGUGGUGGCUGGCCGAAAAACACACAAACGAGCAGCAGAGUUAAUCCAGGAAGCUCAGGACAUGAAGAGGCAGAAGAGAAGUGACGUUGUGCUUGAUAUGCGGGGACCUUCUGUACGCGUGCUGUCGGACCUAGCAGCUGCCUAUGAUGUGGAUCCUCUACGUGUGGAAGCAGCGAGACCAAAGUUAGGUGAUGAGUUGAUUUACAAUGUGCAGAUGGUAGUGAAUGUAACGCAAGGAAAAAUUGUUGAUUUGAGCCAAAAGAUUGAUGCUAACACGGUAAGUGUUGCUACGAUGAAGAAAGAAGCGAAGAUGAUCACUGCACAGCUUAACGUGGAUGACGUUAGACUUCAUCAGAUGCAAGCUAUGGUUGAGCAAUUGACAGUGCUGGCGUCACUGCGUGCGCAAGCUUUAGAGAUACUAUCAGUGGAACCUUUGUUGUCACAAUUGUGGAACAUUCGUCAGAGUUUCCCGCUUGAAUUUGAUGCACACGAGUUGCAACAGCUUAUGCCGUCACUCUGUAUACCUCCGCUUCGAGCAUUACUUACCGAAUCGAACCUGCUUGACCACAAAUCAAGCGAUAGCGUUGGGCUGCAAUUCCGCUUGGUCCAAUCAUUUUUGACCGAGCUGCCGAGCAAUAGAGCCACUGCCGAUGCAACCAAAUCAGCUAGUGUACUCCCCGUCAUUCGUGAGCAGACCAUGGUGAAGGGUGAAGAAUUGUACAAUCUUAUUCUUGAGGAAACGUUAUGGCCUGCAAUCGUUCAGUGCGUAAAUGUGGAAUGGCAAGUCAAACUGGCUCCAUCCGCUUGUGUUGAUGUAUUUCUAAAGAUCAGACCAUACCUUUCUAGUGAAUUUGAGGAUGCAUUUCUUCACCAGUUGGUGCUUUCUCGGCUGAAGAAAGAGUGUCAUCGCUGGGACCCUCGUUCAGAUAAGGUACCCAUUCAGGAUUGGUUGCUUCCCUGGCUACCUUACGUCGGCUCUGCAAUGAAUUCUCUCUACCCUGAAAUUCGGUUGGCUCUUGGUAGCGCAUUGAAUCAAUGGCAUCCGUCGGACUUGUCAGUGCUUUCCGUUUUGUCUCCGUGGAGAAAGCUUUGGGGCGAACAUGAGUAUGGAAAAUUUACUCACCGGAAUAUUGUCCGUAAAUUAAUCAGGUGUUUGCAUCGUGAGUUUGAGAUUAAUCCAGAACGCCAAUCGUUGGAAGUUUUGACGUGGGUGUUAGCAUGGAAGGACUACCUUCCCGAUCGUCAGUUGAUUGCUCUUUUAGAAGGCGAGUUCUUUUCGAAGUGGAUCAAGGUGUUGCGGAAAUGGAUUGCUGGGUCACCCAAUUUGAUUGAGCUAGAGAAAUGGUAUUCUGGAUGGAAGCUUUACUUUGAGAAGAACAGUCUAGCAGCAAAUGAAAGACUGCUGGUACAUUUCCACGGAGCUCUCGUGCUGUUGCAGGCGGCGACCGAGUCAGUUGGCAUGCCAGGUGAAAGCAGACGACCAGUUCCAGAACUAAAUGGAAGCGCCGCCACGAGUUAUCAAGAUGCAUUGGCGUUGGCACGAGAUGAGACGGCGAAGGAAUUGCCAAUUCAGGAGGCAAAAAUGUCGCCACGCAGUGUUUCUCGCAGCGUUAGCUUGAAGGAUGUCAUUGAAAACCUGGCAAUCACUCACAACUUGACUUUCAUACCAAAGGGGUUUUGCGAUGGACAACAAGUUUACCUUUUCGGUAAGCACCAGAUUAUUAUAGAGCAGGGUGUAGUCUUCAAAGAGGUAUCUAAGGGUGUGUUCAAGCCGGUAGACCUCGAUCAAUUACUUGUGUAG